AUGAGCUCCGAGACGUUGGUCAAGGACGUCAAGCCCGGCCUGAAGAACCUGAACCUGAUCUUCAUCGUGCUGGAGACCGGCCGGGUCACCAAGACCAAGGACGGCCACGAGGUCCGGACGUGCAAAGUGGCCGACAAGAGCGGCAGCAUCAACAUCUCGGUGUGGGACGAUGUGGGGAACCUGAUCCAGCCCGGGGACAUCAUCCGGCUCACCAAGGG